AAACUCCAUGAAAACACCAAAAUACCCUCCGAAGAAAAAGAAAGGAAGAAGACGAAGACGCCGCCGAUUUUUACAGACAGUGAGCGAACGACGGAGAGAAAGAGAGAGAGAGAGAGUGACGAUGGAGAAAAGAGAGGGAGAGGCAGAACCAGAACAGAAGGAAGAGGAGGAGCAGGUAGUGAAUCCAUGGAUGGUGUCGGCCAAAGGUGGCGGGAAAAUCGACUACGACAAGCUCAUUGACCAGUUCGGCUGCCAGAGAAUCGACCAGUCGCUCGUCGACCGCAUUCACCGCCUCACCGGCCGUCCUCCCCACGUCUUCCUCCGCCGCGGCGUCUUCUUUGCCCACAGGGACUUGAAUGAGAUUCUGGAUGCCUACGAGAGGGGAGACAAGUUCUAUUUGUACACGGGACGAGGGCCCUCCUCCGAGGCUCUGCAUUUGGGGCAUCUUAUCCCCUUCAUGUUCACUAAAUAUUUGCAAGAGGUCUUCAAGGUUCCGCUCGUUGUACAACUUACCGACGAUGAGAAGUGCAUGUGGAAAAAUCUGACCGUGGAAGAGAGCCAGAGACUUGCCAGGGAGAAUGCUAAAGACAUUAUUGCUUGUGGUUUUGACAUCAAAACCUUCAUCUUCUCCGAUUUCGACUUCGUUGGUGGUGCCUUCUACAAGAAUAUGGUGAAAGUUGGAAAGUGUGUCACAUAUAAUAAGGUUGUUGGUAUCUUUGGUUUCACUGGAGAAGAUCACAUAGGAAAAGUUAGUUUUCCACCUGUGCAGGCAGUUCCAUCAUUUCCAAGUUCAUUUCCACAUCUCUUCCCUGGCCAAGACAAUCUUCGUUGCUUAAUACCUUGCGCGAUUGACCAGGAUCCUUAUUUUAGAAUGACACGAGAUGUUGCUCCACGAAUUGGGUAUCACAAACCUGCAUUGAUUGAGUCUUCUUUCUUCCCUGCCCUGCAGGGAGAGACUGGAAAAAUGUCGGCUAGUGAUCCAAAUUCUGCCAUAUAUGUAACUGAUUCUGCAAAGGAAAUUAAGAACAAGAUCAACAGGUAUGCAUUUUCUGGUGGACAAGAUUCAGUAGAGAAACAUAGAGAGCUUGGAGCAAAUCUCGAGGUAGAUAUUCCAUUCAAAUAUCUAAGCUUUUUCCUAGACGAUGAUGAUAAACUCGAAGAGAUACGGAAGGAGUAUGGUUCCGGGCGCAUGCUAACAGGUGAAGUGAAGCAACUGCUUGUUGAAGUUUUGACGGAAAUGGUAGAAAGACAUCGUAGGGCUAGGGCUGUUGUGACUGAUGAGAUGGUGGACGCAUUCAUGGCGGUGAGGCCCCUACCCAAUAUGUUCAUCUAACGUCAAGGCAGAGAAGCUUACACACAUCUUAUAAUCACUUCUCAAAUAGAAGCUUAGCAUUCAAUUCUCCUACUAAAUUUAGAUUUAGUCACUUUUCGAUUGUUGAUGCUCAAAUACAAAAGAAAUUGGAUGAUAGUCGACGCGGCUACACCUGUUUUCUGUAACUGUCGCGUGAAUUUGAACUCAAUUUGCGCUGAUUACAUUGGUUUUAAGUCUGGAUUUGUACGAUAUUUUUCGAUGAUAGCUGUUUGUUCACAUCUAUUGCAAAGUUAAUGUUCAUGUUA